UGACUAAAUUGGUGAAAAAGUUGUUCUUUUUUGUCUGUGCUCGUCUUCUAACAAUAACUUUUUAUCUCAGCUGCAAGAUUGAGGGUGGCAGCUAAUGAGAAGGCAGAAGCAGAGAAAAUUUUGCAAAUUAAGCGAGCUGAGGGUGAGGCAGAGUCCAAGUAUCUCUCUGGAAUGGGUAUUGCUCGGCAACGUCAAGCAAUUGUGGAUGGUUUAAGAGACAGUGUGCUUGGAUUCUCAGUAAAUGUACCAGGAACCACUGCUAAAGAUGUGAUGGACAUGGUGCUUGUGACUCAGUAUUUCGAUACCAUGAAAGAAAUUGGUGCUGCCUCCAAAUCUUCUGCUGUGUUCAUUCCUCAUGGACCUGGUGCCGUUCGUGAUGUAGCCACUCAAAUUCGGGAUGGACUUCUUCAGGCUUCUCAUCAGUAGCUUCUAUAUCACCCAGCUCUUUUAUCUGGUUUGUACAGCUAUGGAUGAGACUGUGUUGACUAUUCGCGUGGAGGGUAUCUAUGAACUGUGCUUUCUGAUCUUGUUUUGUGGCAACAAUCAGUAUUACUGUAGAUAAUAGUUCUGUGGAUUGGUGGGCCAUGCCCUUUUUAAAUACCCUGCUUUGGAUACUUAAAACCAUCAACUGCCCCUGUAGGUUACCUGUUUUCUUUGGUGUGAAUGGUGAUUUCAAGGAAAUUUCUUUUCUUUUGUUUA